GCAACGCGGGGCUGGCGGCGAGAGCCGCCCCCCCCGGAGCCCCCGCCGCCCGCGCCGCUCCCCUGCCCGGUUCGCCGGCCCCGGGCGCGGGGGAGCGGCGGAGCCCAACGCCCGCCGGGUGCAUGGACAGGAGCUCCCUGCUGCAGCUCAUCCAGGAGCAGCUCGACCCCGAAAACACCGGCUUCAUCGGGGUGGAGACAUUUGCCAGCCUCGUGCACAGCCAUGAGCUGCCCCUGGACCCCGCCAAGCUGGACAUGCUGGUGGCCCUGGCGCAGGGCAACGACGAGGGGCAGGUCUGCUAUCAGGAGCUGGUAGACCUGAUGAGCAGCAAGCGCUCGAGCAGCUUCAAGCGCGCCAUUGCCAACGGGCAGCGUGCGCUGCCCCGCGACGUGCUGCUGGACGAAACCGGCCUCGGCUUCUACAAGCGCUUCGUGCGCUACGUGGCCUACGAGAUCCUGCCCUGUGAGAUGGACCGGCGCUGGUACUUCUACCAGCACCGCGCCUGCCCGCCCCCUGUCUUCAUGGCAGCCGUCACCCUCACACAGAUCAUCGUGUUCCUCUGCUAUGGGGCCCGGCUGAACAAGUGGGUGCUGCAGACCUACCACCCCGAGUACAUGAAGAGCCCCCUGGUCUACCACCCAGGGCACCGCGCGCGCGCCUGGCGCUUCCUCACCUACAUGUUCAUGCACGUGGGGCUGGAGCAGCUGGGGUUCAACGCGCUCCUGCAGCUGAUGAUCGGGGUGCCCCUGGAGAUGGUGCACGGCAUCCUGCGCAUCAGCUUCCUCUAUCUGGCUGGGGUCCUGGCAGGCUCCCUCACCGUCUCCAUCACGGACAUGCGGGCGCCGCUGGUCGGGGGCUCAGGGGGGGUCUAUGCGCUCUGCUCAGCACAUCUCGCCAACGUUGUCAUGAACUGGGCUGGGAUGCGUUGCCCCUACAAACUGCUGCGGAUGGUGCUGGCGCUGGUGUGCAUGAGCUCCGAGGUGGGCCGCGCCGUGUGGCUCCGGUUCUCGCCGCCGCUGCCCGCCGCGGGGCCGCAGCCCAGCUUCAUGGCGCACUUGGCCGGGGCCAUCGUGGGCAUCAGCAUGGGGCUGACGAUCCUGCGCAGCUACGAGGAGAGCCUGCGGGAGCAGUGCGGCUGGUGGGUGCUGCUGCUCUCCUACGGCACCUUCCUCCUCUUCGCCGUCUUCUGGAACAUCUUUGCCUACGACCUGCUGGGGGCACAGAUCCCCCCCCCGCCAUAACAUUCUCCCCUAACCCCUUUAUGUUGCUCCCCAAAAGCCCGCCGGAGGAUGAAGAGGGGGGUUCACACGCGUGACAUGGGGACAGGCCACCCCCCUGCCCGCCUGCCCCCUCGGUGCUAGCGAGCGCGAUGCCCCCCCACCGCGGGCUGUGUCCACCCCAUAACAUACCCCAUGGACCCCCCCAUAGGCUGUGCCCGCCCCCUCACCCCAAGGAUGCUCCAGCCCUGCCUCUGCAUCGCCCCUCCCCGGGUGCCCGCAGGGCUCUGAUGUGCCCCCAGGGAUGGAGCUGAGCAGUGGGGACACCCCGCUUGCUCCUGUACCCCCUUUCCGGGGAAGGGGGGGGCUGAGCUUGACCCCCAGGACCUGCACUUUCACACCAAGGACUGGUGCCAAAAUAGGAGCCAUUUAUUUUUCUAUGCCAAAAAAACUAUAAAUAAGAGAAAAAAGAGAAUAACGGGGGUGGGGG